CUCUCUCUCUCUCUCUCUCUCUCUCUCUCUCUCCUUUUCAAGGCUCCCCUUCUCUCUCCUCUUUUUAUCCCUUCUAGGGUUAGGGUUUUCGGGGGCGUUUUCUGCUUCAAAUAUGGUGCAGAAAUCUGCCUCUUUUCUCAAGAAAUCUCCCAAGUUUCUCAUGGAAGUCUCUAACUCUUGCUUGGCAUGAGUUAGGCCUUUUUUGGCUUGGGAUAGCUUUUGGAGAAUUCAAGAGGGUUCUUCAUUGAUACAGGGGGGGCAGUGCCAGUAUGGAAAGGUACAAUGGUUCGGAACAUAGAACUACAGAAACAUACAUGAUACAAGGUACCAAUCCGCACCCACAUUUAACAGCAACUCCACCACUUGAAGAAAUUGGUGUCAUGGAUAACGAAGUGGCACCCGAGUUCCUUGUUGACCAGGGCCCAUACUAUCCUGCGGCUGCCAACUAUUAUGGAUAUUACUGUACAGGAUUUGAAUCACCCAGUGAAUGGGAUGACCACCAUAGGUUUUUUGGGUUAGAUGGUCCAGAUCUCCAUUACACGGGUUUGCAAACUGAAGGUUUGCCUUAUGUAUAUUACACACCUAGCUAUGGCUAUGCACAGUCUCCUUACAACCCUUACAAUCCUUACAUACCUGGUGCUGUUGUCGGAGUCGAUGGCCCGUUCGUUGGAGCACAACAGUAUUACACUGGCCCCAGUUAUCAGCACCCCAUUUCAUCGCCAGCUUAUUUCCCAAUCAUUGUCCAGCCUAGACCUGAUAUGGUCCCAAAUACUGCACUUGACCCUACAUUAGUAACUUUGGGGGCGUCAAGUGCUAGUAUAACUGAUGGUACAGGUUUGAAGCAUGUCCUUCCAUCAACAUCCAUGCCUCCUAGGGCUGGCUCAAGAGAUGUGAGGGUUGAGCCCUCGCGGGCUGCUUCCCAUCAGAUACAUUCUUCAGUUAAAAUAUCUGAAGGAUCACAGUCUAAUUUGGCACCGAGUAAGCAGCCUGCAUCACAUGGGACUAAUACCUCCAGCAGUAUCCCAAAUCCAACCUCUUCGCAUGUUACCCAGGGUAGAAGUGCUUCUGGUUCGGUUCAAGUGGCAGAUCCGUCGUCAUUUGGAAGAGUUUCAUCUGUCCGUAACCCAUUAAAAGUUACUCUACCACCAAAUACUAGUAUUGCUGAUUUUGGAUCCAAUGCCCAUGGAUGGGCUGCCGUAGAUAAGCUUAGACCAAGGCUGCAAUUUGGUGGCGGAGUCCUUAACAAUGGAAAUGGAAGCCCCGAUGUGCUUGGUGAGCAGAAUCGUGGCCCCAGAACAAACAGGUUAAAGAGUCCAUGGACAUCAUCCAUUUCUGUUAAAGCCUACACAACAAAGGCCGGCGCUAGUAAUGCCCAGGGAAACAUUGUUAUUUACGCUGAUCACUACAAUAGGGAGGAUUUCCCAAUUAACUAUCCGAAUGCCAAGUUCUUCGUGAUCAAAUCAUAUAGCGAGGAUGAUGUGCAUAAGAGCAUUAAAUACAGCGUGUGGUCGAGCACACCCAGUGGGAACAAGAGGCUUGACAGUGCUUAUGAAGACGCACAGAGAAUAUCUGGGGGAAGGCCAGGGAACUGUCCCAUCUUUCUCUUCUUCUCUGUUAAUGCAAGUGGGCAAUUUUGUGGUGUCGCGGAGAUGACUGGGCCUGUUGACUUCCAGAAGGACAUGUACUUCUGGCAGCAAGAUAAAUGGAAUGGUAGCUUCCCCGUUAAGUGGCACAUAAUAAAAGAUGUACCGAACGCUAAUUUCCGGCACAUCAUAUUAGAGAACAAUGAAAAUAAGCCAGUGACUAAUAGCAGAGAUACGCAAGAGAUAAGAUACAUUCAAGGCAUGGAUAUGCUCAACAUAUUCAAAAACCAUUCAUCGAAGACUUCUAUACUCGAUGAUUUUAUGUACUACGAAGAUCGCCAGAAGCUUAUGCAGGAGGAAAAAUCCCGGCUACUUGGUAAAACCUAUGAUACUUUCUUUUUACCCACAUUUGUUCUUUCCACCGCACCGAAUGGCAAUGUCAACCAGCCUUCCAAGGCGACAGAUGAAAAACCCACAAAGCCCAACAAUUUGAGCAGCUCGGGGAAGAUGGCCCCAAGUGAUGAGCAGGUUGCCUUGAAGCUUGAUACUGCCAAUUCACCAAGUAGUGAGAAGGACACCAAGCACGGUGCCAUGGAAGAUGUGAAUGAUGUCAUCAAGAUUGGUUCUCUCUCUAUCGAUUCUAAGGAUUCAAAGAAGGCAGGCAAUGCUAACAAGCCAGGGCACGUGACUGGAGGCACCGCUGCGCCCAUUGAUGUUGUCACCGUAGGUUCGAUGCCUGUCAAGGUUAAUGGGUUUGGUGAGUCUUCCUCCGGUAUUUUAACUGUGGGGUCUAUUCCCAUUGACCCAAAAUCAGUAAAGCUUAAUAAGCAAGGUGUUUUUGCCAGUGAUGCCCGUUGAAGCAGAGUAAUCACAUAAUCAUCCUCAGUAAUCCAAUCACUGAAGUUGGUAUGGAUCGGAACUUCUAUGAGAUGAGGUUGGUGCAGGCCCUGCUAAAUGAUUUCUCCAGUUCUACAAUGACCCAAUUGUACCAUACUUCUGUUACUAGGUUAUAUUGCUAGAUCAGUUGGAAUGCCCCCCAUUAAAAGAUUUGGGUUUUCUUGGUCUUUUUCUAUUUAUUUCCGCAGCGGCUGAAACUGUCCUACUGGUGGGUAAUAUUUGCUGUUACUCUGUUUGGGCCUCUCUUCUGUUUUGGGGUUCGUGGGGAUUCUUUAUGUUGAUGCUGACAUUUACUUGAAGGUUCACAGGUUGUAAGGGUUUUUAUUUUUAUUUUUAUUUUUUUUGGUUUUUUUUUUUUUCAUCCAUAGAUUCAAAUACAGAUAGAAAUUUUCUUUU